AUGUCUGCUGAGUACUCUGGAACUUGGUCUGGGAGACCUGAGGGCGGGGCCGGGAGCAGGCCCCGGGCUGUGGGGAGGGUACGUUUCCCGCGGGCGCGCGGAGUGAGGACGGUGACAGCCACGCGCGCGCAUACGCGCCCGACUGCAGCGCGGCCCCGCGACCCUAGUCUGCCGCUGAGAGGCGCGCAGAGUCUGGGCCGCUGCCGUCUAGGGUUCCCGGCCCGAGGCGUCCCCGGCAUCUCCGGCCUGAAUCCCGGAGUGCCAGGUCGCGCCUGCACCGACGGUCCCGGCUCCCGUGCCCUCCCAGGAGCCGUCAGGGCCCGCCCCCCAACUCCGCUUUCCGCCCGGGCAGGGUCCUCGCGGCCCAUGCUGGCCGCUGGGGACCCGCGCAGCCCAGACCGUUCCCGGGCCGGCCAGCCGGCCACCAUGGUGGCCCUGAGGCCUGUGCAGCAACUCCAGGGGGGCUAAAGGGCUCAGAGUG